UAUCAUUAUGCACUCUUGAUUGUACAUGUAUGCUCGAAAUACAAUCAUUCAAUGCUCGAUCGAGCGCUCCCGUCGACCGUCGACGUCCUGUGCCUUGGGAGCCUUGCUUUCUUCACUUUGAACCCAACAAGUAGCAUAUUGAUAAGCCAAUGAUGUGGUCUAGACAGAUUUAUCUUCGUACUUGUAGAUCUACACUUUGCUGCUUCUCUUCAGCUGAACCAAAAUUUUUGUUGACAGUGGCGUGUCCUGCAUUCGUUCGUCGCUGUAGCAAUAUUACAAACAAAGCAGCAGGAAGUGGAACGUGUGCAGUGGGAGAUGAGGCGGAGGCGAGGCGUUCAUUUUCCGCGGCAGACGUGGACGCAUUCGCAGUAUUGUCCGGGGACACAAACCCUCUGCAUCUGGAUGACAAUUAUGCGAAGGACACGCGAUUCGGACAGCGCAUAGUUCAUGGUCUUUUGGUGCACAGCAUGAUUUCUGCCUUGCUAGGCACACGGAUGCCUGGAACGGGUUCAAUAUAUGUGUCGCAAACAUUGCACUUCACCGCUCCCGUGUUCAUCGAUGAGGAAGUUCUCGGUGUCGUCCGCGUAAAGGAGAGGAGGAAAAGCCUCGCUAUCAUCGAGACUAUUUGCACCGCGGUUGAACGUGACAAGGUUGUGUUGCAUGGAGAAGCUGUGGUCAAGUGUACGAAGACUUGAAAGAAAGUAGCCCGUUCCUUGGCGAAACAUACUUUUCAUCAUGACUCAAGGCUGGCUGGCUUCAUCCUUUGUGCCCCACGAAGUCACCAACAUCACAAAUAAUUAUCUCAAUUUUUAAUUACUUGGCCGCUGGAAUCGGCUUUCUAUCUCUUUCAUAAUCUUCGUACAGGUGGAUACGGAGUAGAUGGGGAAAAACCAAUUUCUUUCUUGUUUCUCUGCAACAAUGAAUUUCAUACUAGAUUUUUUUCCAGUUGCAGGGAAUUUUCUAGAACCGCCCCAACCAUUUUUCGACCGGUUGGAAUUGUUGGCGACCGGUUGAAAAGUUACGAAUCAGUUCCAACCGCCCGUA